GAAGUGAUCUAACCUGUCGCGCGCGCGUCCCCUAACCUCUUCGCUACACGGCGUGACGGGACGGCACAUCCGCUCGGAUAGGGAAACUCGGCGCGAUUAUGCCCGCAUAACGUGAACGGGCCGGUCUACGUACGACGUUGUUUGUCUGUCGACGGACGCGUGGAUCAGUGGAGGCAGGCGCGGCACGACGCGAGUCGGCGACGGUGAUCGCGCGUAAAAAUGAAAUGGGGCAUUGGGUGAAAGUACUCGCGGCAGCGGCGGCGACGGCAGCGGCAACCGCGAGCGAGCGUGCGAGCGAGCCUGCCUCUUAUAUCAGAUCAGUACGGUAGGCGCGCCUCGUCACAACACGCGUCUAUCUCGCGUCGUUCCUCUUCACCAGCGGGCUCUCCUGAUGACCUCUCCGUCGACCGUCUUAUCACGGGAAUCCUGUUCCGCUUCGCGCCCCCGGACUAUGCUGCCGACCUGGUAGCCUCGUCAUUAUCCUACUCACUGACUGAGAGCAGCUUUAUUACCUUUCUACAGAAUGCUGCGCAACCUGUGGUCCCUUUGUCUUCUCUUAUCGCUGGUCACUCUAGCUCCAGCAUUGGAGAAUGGACUGGCCAGAACACCUCCGAUGGGAUGGUUAGCUUGGGAAAGAUUCAGGUGCAACACAGAUUGCAAGAAUGAUCCAGACAAUUGUAUAAGUGACCGUCUCUUCCGGACCAUGACAGACAUUGUGGUAGCAGAAGGGUAUGCUGCAGUAGGAUAUGAAUAUAUUAAUGUGGACGACUGUUGGUUGGAGAAAGAAAGGGAUUUAAAUGGACAACUUGUACCAGAUAGAGAGAGAUUCCCAUAUGGCAUGAAGAGUCUGUCAGAUUAUGUGCAUUCAAAGGGUCUCAAGUUUGGUAUCUAUGAGGACUAUGGUAACUACACUUGCGCUGGAUAUCCAGGUAUAUUGGGUUACUUGGAUAUAGAUGCUGCCACAUUCGCUUCCUGGGAUGUGGAUUAUGUAAAGUUAGACGGAUGUUACUCGCAUCCUGUUGAUAUGGACAGAGGCUAUCCCGAGUUUGGGUAUCUCCUGAAUCAGACUGGAAAACACAUGAUAUAUUCAUGCAGUUGGCCUGUUUAUCAAAUCUAUGCCGGUAUGAAGCCGAAUUACACCUCGAUUGCAGAAAACUGCAAUCUCUGGCGCAACUUCGAUGACAUUCAGGACUCGUGGGCCAGUGUAGAGAGUAUCAUCGAUUACUACGGUAACAAUCAAGACGCGAUUGUGUCCAACGCCGGUCCUGGACAUUGGAAUGAUCCGGACAUGUUGAUUAUCGGCAACUUUGGUUUGAGCUACGAACAGAGCAAAACGCAAAUGGCGAUCUGGGCUAUACUAGCGGCACCGUUGCUCAUGUCUGUUGAUCUCAGGACGAUUAGGCCAGAGUACAAAGCCAUCCUGCAAAACAAAAAGAUUAUCGCCGUAGAUCAAGAUCCACUGGGCAUUCAAGGUCGACGGAUAUACAAACACAAGGGCAUUGAGAUUUGGGCAAGGCCCAUCACCCCAGUUUACCAAAACUACUACUCGUACGCGAUCGCGUUCGUCAAUAGACGAACGGACGGCACGCCGUCGGAUGUGUCGGUCACGCUGAAGGAGUUGGGUCUACAGUAUCCUGCAGGAUAUCGAGUGGAGGAUUUGUACGAGGACGUGGAUUAUCACGUGCUGACGCCACAGACCAAGAUCAAGGUCAAAGUGAACCCGUCGGGCGUAGUGAUAUUACGAUGUAAUCUGAAUAUAGAUGACGUGUUUCGCUACUCGCCGUAUUCGUCCUUGAAUCAAGUCUUUAAAGUUAGGCAAAAUUCAUUUGAAUGAUGGUACGGUUAACGUAUUAUUUUAAUUUCUAUUGGCGUUUUUAUACGAGCGCACGUGCGAGCGCAUUACGCGUUCUACAUUAACAUAAUAUAUAA